AUGAAAUUUUGGCGCGGUCCCGAUGAAGAGCGUGAUGGAAAAUGGUUGGUUCUGCUUGACUUGCAAACUUGUGCAGGAGAUGGAGCUUCGACAGUUCGGGAUGUGUGUCCAUAUCCAAAUUCAUUCCAUAUUGAUGUGUGGGUUCCAAAAGAAGGUUCUAUCAGGGAAGGAUCUGGAAAACCUGAACUCGAGAAGUUGCGGUGA